UUCGCGAUUGACAUUCGGCCUUAUGCAGUAUGCACAUUUGACUUAAGUCAAGGUUGAAAUUAUGACAUAAAAACGACAUUUGACAGCAAUUUCAAUAUUUGGUAUGCAGUAUGACACACAUUUCAAUUUAUUGAAAGUAGACGUUUCAAUAAAUUGAAAUCACACCAAGUGACCUUGUAGAUUACAAGAAUCUAUAUGCACUAAUGCAAAAAUUGAAAUAAUUUUCAAGUCAAGGUUGAAAUCAAAUCAAUUUUUCAAACGUAUUGAAAAAUCUAGCACGUUAUACAUACUUGAAAUGAGUAAAAAGUGUGGUUAAACAUUAAAAAUGGACUUAAAUUUUUUGGUAGAAAUAUUAGAAGAGGAUAGGAACAGGUAGCAACACUUUCUGUAGAGUGUUCUUACUAUUUUUCUGUAAUUAAUAGGCGAAAUGUUAAUCUACAUCGUAGACAUCUAAGAGACACUAGUGACCCUUUAUCUCUGCCAGAGGAACAUUUUAGGGGCAUAUUUAGAGUUUCGAGAGAACUAGCACAUUGGGUGCUCACACAACUCCUACCUCACAUGAGAGAUUGUGCACGUAACACAUCCAUUCCAAAGGGGUUAAGGGUAAACAAAUCAUUUGUGUUUGUUUAUCACAAGGUUUGUUAAAUUUUAGUUCUUUACUACUUUGCAUUUUUUGAGCCAAGGCUCUUAUCAAAAAGGUAUUGGUCAAGAUUAUUUGACGAAUAUGCAUCAAAGUUCUGUGAGCAGAUGCAUCACAGAAGUAACAGAUGUUAUGGUAGAAGUAUUGGGUUAUACCAUACAAUUUCCAGAAGGAGAAGCUGAAAAAAAUCAGGAAAAGCAAUUGUUUAUUGGCAUAGGUGGAUUUCCUGGUAUAAUAGGGUGCAUUGAUGGCACCCAAAUAGCCAUAGUAGCACCAAAAACAGAACACCCAGAAAUGCCAGGGGUUAUUUUUUAUUGCAGAAAGCAAUAUUAUAGUUUAAAUGUGCAGAUAAUUUGUAAUGCACAGCUAAAAAUAACUAAUAUCAAUGCCAGAUUCCCUGGAUCCGUACAUGAUUCGGCGAUAUGGCAAACAUCAUUAGUGAGAAGGCAUUUGGUAAAUAAUUAUGUUGGAAAUAGAAACCAAACGACUUAUUUAUUGGGAGAUUCAGGUUACCCACUGGAACCAUGGCUACUCACUCCAAUAGCAAAUCCAUUAACCGAUGCAGAAAGACAAUUCAACCGUCGCCAUAUUAAUAUUAGAAAUACUGUGGAGAGGACUAUUGGUGUAUUAAAACAACGCUUUCGAUGCUGCCUUAAACACAGGACAUUGCAUUAUUCUCCCGAACGCGCUGCACACAUUAUUUAUUCGGCUGCCAUAUUGCACAAUCUUUGCAUUACUCGAAAUGAAUAUCUUGAUGACAUUAAUGGUAACGGUAAUGGAGAAGAGUUUAAUGACUGUCAUGAUGCAGGCAACAUUGAUAACAAUAUUGAUGGUGUAGGUGUAGAUCUGUAGAUCAUGCCGAAAGAAACUUUUUACGUUAUGGCCGUAAUAUGAGGAACAGAGUGGUGGAUAAUUACUGCAUAUAGCUAUAAUAAACCAUUGAAUAAUAAACAUUUAUUAUGUAGAUGUACUUAAAACUAGAGUAAAUAGGUUUAAAAUCGCAUCAUGCAGAGCAUGCAAACUUUUUUGAAUAGCGAGUAAACUAUUUUUUAGUUUUGUUGAGCCGCUUUUCAAUGUGGUGUAUAAAUCA